AUGAGCGAGAGGCGGCUCACCGCCGGUAGGUGGGGCGGCCGGGGUCGGUGUCGGGGCCGAGGCUCGUGGGCCGCUGCUCUCGCCCGCGGGGCGGCCCCUCUGCGCACCGCCUCUGGGUUUCCUUCUCUGCCCGUGCGUCCCGAAGAUUCUUUGGCAACAGAUGAUUUCCUUGUGGACUACUUUAAUGAAUUCCUAAGCCUUCCAACCUUUUCAGAGGCAAUUAGAUUUAAUGUGGACUAUGGAGUUUUUGAAGUAGUUAACAAUGCUCCACAACUUCUGGAAAAGCAACUGAAAAAAAUUCUCUUCAACCAGCAACCUCGAAAUCCCAUCUAUGAUGUUGUAAGAAAAGGAAGAAGUGAUAUUAAACCUGUUCAAGUGAAUGCCCCUUAUGAAGAUGAGACCAUUAGUGUCAACUACAAUAUCAUGUGUCUCAAUCGUGAACAAGGUAUUCACUGGGUCAAAAAAGAAAGACUUCCAGCAUUUCUGGAAAGUGAUUGCUACUUUGAAUACAGGUUAGCCAAAUUGGUUUCACAAGUAAGAUGGAGUGAAUCAGGCAUGAAUAUCACAUUAGGUGCAGAUUUUUCUCCCUGGGUCCUGAAAAAACCAACCAGUCCACCACCUCCUCCUGUUGAAGAAGAUGAUCUAGCCUCCUAUACUCAAACAAAAGAUUGGUUUGCAUUAGCAAAACAAAAUCAGCAAACAGUAUCAACCUUUUCAUUACCUUCUUGUGUAUUACACAACAAAAUUGGAUCACCAGUUAAUUCAUCUGUUUCUGAGAGUUUUAUCUUUGAUGAUGGAGUUCACCCCAGGACGAAAAAGAGCCCAUCUACAGCCACUAGGUUAAUUUCCGAAUUUGAAGAAGAUGGGCCUGUAUCUCUACAAGACACUCCUUCUCAAGCUCUUCUGAGGACAUACCUUGAAAAGCAACAGGAUGUUGAUGAAAGCCUGACAUUGCAUUUCUCAACAUGUGAAGAAUUUUUAAGAUCUUAUAUAAACUUUAUUUUGAGAGUGGCAAUUCAUCAAAUUCUUGGAGCACCACUUAGAGAAAGCCCAGAUUAUAUAAAUUUCAGAAAUGUAACAGAAGUGGUAUUUGAUGAGUGUUUGGGGACUACCUCUGGCAAGAAUGUUUUGCAGAGUGAAAUGCUAAAGGAAAAGUCGGAAGACAUGUUAGCACAAGCAGUUUCAAAAACUGAGAGCGUUGGACUAGAAAGCAGGGCUAAUUGGUGUAUUUCUCAUAAAACUUAUGACAUUGGCAAUAGAAAGGAGUUCGAAAGAUUUAAGAAAUUUAUUAAAGGUACAUUAGGGGAGAGAUAUUGGUGGCUCUGGAUGGAUAUUGAGAGGUUAAAAGUUCUUAAGGAUUGUGGAAGACAUCAAAGACAUAUUGAGAAGAUGAAAAAAUGCUAUCUAGUGAGCAGUGGAGACUGCUACCUUUCUGCAGAAAUCUUAUCAAAAUUUAAACUGCUAGAUGGAUCUCAGUGGAAUGAAGAACACUUAAAAAAUAUUCAGACUGAGGUUGUAAAACCCUUACUUCUUUAUUGGGCACCGAGAUUCUGUGUUACUCAUUCAUCCUCAACAAAACAUGCUAGUGCUGAACUGAAAUUCUGGCACCUUCGUCAAGAGAAACCAAGGAAAGAUGUCGACCCUUUUCCACAAAUGGCAACCCUCUUGCCAUUAAGACCUAACUCUUGCAUUCCACAGAUACCUGAGAUGCAGAAAGAAGAAUCCAGUUUAUUACAACUUUCUAAAUCUCUCAAGAAACCACCUAGAGUAAAAACAGCAAUUCAAAAACCUUGGAAGAGUGAGUCUUUGAAUCCAGUUUUUCCUAAGGAUGAUGUGAUUAAGAAAGGGUCAAGGCACAUGUCAGAAAGCAGCAAAAUUAUUUGUUUAGCAUCUUUUACUGACAUUUCUGAAUGUCUGAAGCCCCAGCUGGGUAGAAGAUAUACUUAUACAGAAGAACCUGUGAUUAAAACCAUGGCAGAUGGUGCCUUGGGAGGAUUUCACAUGGAAAAUUUGUUGCAAUCUUUGUAUGUAGAAAAUAGAGCUGGAUUCUUCUUUACUAAAUUCUGUGAGAACUCAGGGAACAAGUUGUGGAAGAACAGUGUGUACUUUUGGAUUGACCUACAAGCUUAUCAUCAGCUUUUCUACCAAGAAACAAUUCACCCUUUUAAAGUAUGCAAGCAAGCUCAAUAUCUUUUUGCCACAUACAUUGCUCCUUCAGCCACUCUUGACAUUGGACUCCAACAGGAAAAGAAAAAAGAAAUUUAUAUGAAAAUACAGCCGCCAUUUGAAGACCUUUUCGAUGCAGCAGAAGAAUAUAUCCUUCUCCUCCUUCUUGAGCCUUGGACAAAGAUGGUAAAAUCAGACCAAGUUGCUUACAGAAAGGUGGAGCUGGUGGAGGAAACUCGACAGCUAAAUUCCACGUACUUCAGAAAGCUACAGGCUUUGCAUAAAGAGACAGUUUCCAAGAAAGCUGAGGACACUACUUGUGAAAUUGGAUCUGGUAUUUCACCACUUCCUCAUGUCUCUAAACAAACAGAAUACUGGAAUAAUGUUCCUGCAGAAUAUAGGCAUUUUAAUUUUAAUGAUCUGCUUAACAACAAACUGGAGUUUGAACAUUUUCAUCAGUUUCUUGAGGCUCAUUCUUCAAGCAUGGACCUUAUGUGCUGGACAGACAUUGAACAGUUCCGAAGAAUAACUUACAGAGAUCGAAAGCGAAGGGAGGCAGAAUCUAUGUACAUUAAAAACAAGUACCUUAAUAAAAAAUAUUUCUUUGGACCCAACAGUCCAGCUUCUCUGUAUCAACAGGACCAGAUAAUGCAUUUAAGUGGUGGCUGGGGAAAGAUUCUCCAUGAGCAGCUUGAUGCAGCUGUUCUAAUUGAAAUUCAGAAGCAUGUCCUAAAUAGGCUAGAAAAUGUGUGGUUGCCAUUGUUUCUUGCAAGUGAACAGUUUGCAGCACGUCAAAAGAUAAAGGUACAGGUGAGAGACAUAGCUGAAGAACUUUUACUACAGAAGCAUGAAAGGAAGAUUGGAGUCUGGAAGCCUGUGGAGAGUAAGUGGAUAUCGUCAUCUUGUGAUAUCAUUGCUUUCCGUAAAGCAUUAUUGAAUCCAAUUACCGCAAGACAGUUUCAACAGUUUGUGGCUCUAAAAGGAGAUUUAUUGGAAAAUGGGGUGCUCUUUUGGCAAGAAGUACAAAAGUAUAAGGACUUGUGCCAUUCUCAUUGUAGUGAAUCCCUCAUCCACAAGAAGAUCAUGACUAUUAUCAACUGCUUUAUUAAUUCCAGUAUUCCACCAGCUUUACAAAUUGACAUUCCAUUAGAGCAAGCCCAGAAGAUUAUUGAACACAGGAAGGAGUUGGGACCAUAUGUAUUUAGAGAGGCACAGAUGACAAUUUUUGGAGUUCUGUUUAAAUUUUGGCCUCAGUUUUGUGAGUGUAGGAAGAACUUAACUGAUAAAAAAAUUAUGAGUGUUUUGGAGAGAAGACAAGAAUAUAGUAAGCAGGAAAAAAAAUCGGUAGUCACGGAAGACGAAAAAUUUGCAAAGGAUGGAAUCAAACAAUAUCCAAGUACUUCAGGAUCUGCUAUCAAAACAGCUGCUUUAAUCAGUGACCCAGGUUUAGGCCAGCAAGCAUACGGCCAACAGGUAAGCAGGAAAGAUAUCACUUCUUCUGUAGAGCAAUGGAUAGCAGAAUGCAAAGGAUCGUGAGAGAUUACUA